AUGCAGCCUCCCCUGCCUCCGAACCCGGAGCUCGAUAAUUUUUUCGACCCGCCGAUGCCUACCACUGUCGGCGCCGGAACCGGCCCACCGCCUCCCCCGCCCGCGGGUGUGGACACCCGCGAGUUCCACCACUCCACGCCCGGCGGAUUCGGCAACACGCCGAUGCCCAGCUUAGACUCGAACGGAACUGGCCAAACCGGACUUAACCCCUUCGACCCGCAGCGGCUGCUUCUCACCGCUCAGCAAUCCGCGAUGGGGCUGUAUCUGACGCUCCAGCAGGCCGCGCAGUCCGGAAGCGCGAAGGAGGGGGCGAACUCGAUUCUGAGCGGGAUGUCAAGCUUGAAUUUCGGGACCGGGGGGAUUAGCGAGAUGAACAAUCCUGUGUCCACUGUAAUAAACGAGAAAUUCGGCGUCAUGCAGCCCUGGCGGGAAUUCGCGUUGCCGAUGGCAAAGCCGGCGGACGGUGCGGCGGCGUGCGGUUCGUUAAUGCAGAAUGUUGGCCGAUACCGUGCGAACUACACGUUGUGCUUCUUCCUCUGGCAGCUUAUUUGCCUGCUUCUACUCCCCGGCGCGAUACUGCUGUUCACGAUGCUAGGGGCCGCUUGGUAUGUUGUUGAUGAUGUGAAAUAUUAGCAAUGUAAUUUGAUUUUGGGGUUUUUGAAGAAUGUAUGCCACAUUUUCGUGCCUGUGCCAUUGCUUCUGCAAUUAUCGGAUUCCAUCGCUAUUUUCGUCAUGCCACCACUCAAUCCCCCACACUGCCAUGAUCAUCACAGGUUUCUCUUCCUGAAGAAGAACGCGGAUCCGGACUGGCAGGUAACGGCAGGCGGCGUCACGUUCGGUCCGUCACAAAGGUGGCUUGUGAUGUUCAGUGUGACGAGUCUAGUGAUCGUAUUCUGGUGCGGCAGCGCGGUCAUCAGCAACGCGCUCUGGUUUCUGAUGUUUCUGUGUUUACAUGGGUUUUUCCACCAAAUUGACGACGCGGCGAUGGCAGAGGAGCUAGCGGGCGCGCAAACAGUAGCGAAGCAGGAAGUUGUGUGACGAUAGGGAGUGGCUGUAGUCUUGUGGUAUGAUCUUCAUCUCAUCACCACAGUGCACCGACAACUCCUCAGUUCGUUGCGUAGCCGGGAACGAAUGGCUGCAGACAAAUUAUCACAUGACAAACGACAUAAGUUUAAAGGCGACAUGAAGGACGGAUUGAUUCACAUUUUCACCUCAAGAGACCGCCUCUUGCCACGAGUACAAUUACAACUGUAGCGAGCAUUUCCGUGCC